CUCUCGGCUGGUAUCAUGCAGGGGCCAUGUAUCUACCUGCUCGUGAUCACCCUCUCCUGCACUAUUUAUUCUGCUGCCUCCGCUGGGUGUACGAGCCCUGCCACUGCACUCUGUAAUUUUGUCUGUGAUUGCUGGGAUUGCUCAGAUGAGAGGCAUUGUGGCUAUCAUAAGGACUCGGCUGUUUUAGGGGUUCCCUUCAGCUGUGACUUUGAGCAGGAUGAUUGUGGAUGGAGAGAUAUCAGCACUUCCUCCCAUCGGUGGGCCAGAGAGCGCCUCAGUUCACCAAUGUGGGGAUCCCGUCCCCACGCGGACCAUACUCUCGGAAACCGAUGGGGAUGGUUCAUGGCCACAGGAGGCCACAGUGGGAUGUCCGCUGUCACUGCCACGGUCAGAUCGCCUGUACUUCGAGACGCAGCUGCCACCUGCGAGAUCCACGUUCACUACCACGUGUGGAGUUCAGGUUCGACCAGUAACGGGAGCCUGUCUAUGCAGCUGACGGCUAAUGCUCAGACGUACACUUUGUGGGAAACCGAACUAAAAAGUGCUUUGGCAUGGAGGCGAGCUGUGAUGUACACUGGCAGAAUUUCCGCUGAAUUUCAGCUUUCUGUGACCUCAUCUUGGGAGUCCUCUCCUCACGGAAAUGUUGCAAUAGAUGAUAUUGAAUUCCGACAUUGCAUGCUGUCAGUGCCGCAGGUUUCAUGCCACGAUGGGCAGAAGCAGUGUGACCGUGGGUCUUGUGUAGACAACAAAGCCUGGUGUGAUGGAACUGAUGACUGUGGCGAUAAGUCAGAUGAGAAGAAUUGCACAAAUUAUCAUGUCUGUGACUUUGAAAAUGAUACGUGUGGCUGGAAUGUAACCAACUGGAAUCGAGUCGAUGGAUUCAGCUCCAGGCCGAGUCGAGAUCACACUUCGAACAGCCGCUCUGGUUACUUCCUGCGGGCUUACAGUGAAAAUGAUCUCUCUGGGCCUUUUAUAAACCCAGCCACCAACGAAACCUGCUUUCUUGUUUUGUAUUACAUGAUGGACGGAUCAAACAGCAGCCGCCUGGUUAUCGGUUAUCGGUUAUCCAACCAGGCUACCAUAGUGCCAGCCAAGGUUAUCCAAGGACCGCGCGACAAUGUGUGGCUGCGAGAGAGCGUUCACAUCCCCACUAUCAGUGACACCUAUCAGAUUAUAAUCCGAGCUAACAUUGCCUAUGGGACUGAUUCCAUUAUCGCUCUGGAUGACCUUAUCCUGUCUCCUGAUUGUAAUGUAAACGAGACUUCCAGUUUUAAUCCUAUGAUACAAAUUCAGAGUUUAUUAUCUGUAGAAAACGAUGCCCGUAUCAACACAAAGGAGACAUGUAAGGAGGUACCAGAAAGGUUUGCCUUCGAGGCUGGACAUGAUGGAUGGGUGGAUUUUAGUAUCGGAACGCAGAGAUGGGGGACAGGAUCCACAACAUUUCCAGGGUGCCUAUUGGCGACAAGCAGUGAGGGGAACCUUCUAACCAAUGCCGUAAUUCACAGCCCCACAUUCUGUUCCACCGGGCCUGCAUGUGCUAUCAACAUGACCUACUACUUCAACAGUGGACCAACAGGCUCCCUUUCGGUACGUGUUUGGGACCUGGAGCAGGAUACCCAUAGCCACGUCUGGUACAGCGAGGAGCGGGGUGAGUCAUGGAGAUCGGUGGUGAUUCCCUUGGGAGAGAGGACACAGCCAUUCCAGUUGGUUCUGUCUGCAUUUAUGGACCCUCUUACUGGAGAAAGGUGGGCGGCCUCGGUCGAUGAGAUACAGUUUCUGCAAUGCAAGACGAUCCCGAGUGACACAGCGCUGACCUGUAACUUUGAGAUGGGGCUCUGUGGCUGGUACCAGAAUCCGACCGAUGAGAUUAACUGGGAACUCGGUGAACUGUUUGAUCACACCACUGGUAACGGCAAAUGCCUGCAUGUGAUUGGGGAAUCGCGUAUGGAUCGGGGAACGAAAGCCCGUCUUAUAUCUUACCCACAAUCCGUGGAUUCCAGUACCCAGUGUCUGUCAUUCUAUUAUCGUAUAUGGGGCCCAGAUGCAGGCUCGUUGAACCUGUUUAUUAAAUUUGAUGGCGAGGAAGAGCAGCUACUCUGGACUGGCAAAGGUACCCAUGGCAACAGGUGGCACCACGAGUCUGUCACACUCGCAAAUACCAACAAGAAGUACCAGCUGUACCUUGACGCUGUACGGGAUGGCUCAGUGGGACAUAUUUCAGUUGAUGAUAUAACUCUGACAAGUGGUUAUUGCGCUGCCCCCAGGCGCUGCACCUUUGAGGCUGGAUUCUGUGGUUUCACCACUGAGGGGACUUACCAGUGGAAGAUACAGCAGGGCACCCAAGCCAGAGCCCACACAGGACCAUUUCUCGAUCACACCCUGCAGGCUCUCACAGGGCAUUAUGCGGUUGUGGAUACCAGCUCUGGUGCUUUGCCAAAUAAGAAGACCGCCACGCUCACGUCAGGUUGGCACACCGCACAGCCCCAGCAGGGGUGUCUGAGUUUCUGGUACCAGAUGAGCAGCAGUGAUGCAGGAACUCUGAAUGUAGAUCUGGUGGAGAAUACAGGCAAGAAACAAGUGAAGACUCGCCUGCUUAGCGUGAGUGAGACGCACAGUGGCGAUUGGCACUACAAAAGUGUGGGACUCCAGUCUGACCAAGAGUGGAUGAUAAAGCUUGAAGCUGUUGGAGCAGGAGGUGACCAAUGCUUUAUUGCUGUGGAUGACAUUCACAUCAGUCAUCAUCACUGUCACGAGCCAGCCACAUGUAGCUUCGAGUCAGGUUCUUGUGCGUGGACUAAUACCCAUAUUCCUUUGAUGGAUACAUAUGAUUGGGAUUGGACCAGCGGGGCUGCCCUAUCCACAAGGGGCUCGAUACCUGAAAAAGACCACACUCUGGGUACCACGGAAGGACAUUACGCCUUUGUGGACACUGGAGCAAUGCACAUUGAGGGCAGCACAGCCUGGCUGAUCAGCGAACACCUCCCCAAGACUGCCGGAUCCUGUUUCACGUUCUGGUAUCGUACCGAUUCUUCAGACCAUAGCCAUCUUGGGGAGCUUGUCCUGUUUCUCAUCAGUAGUCAUGGCCUGCAGCCUCUCUGGGCCCUCCGUGGGUACCACAGUGGUGAAUGGGAGCAGGAACAGCUACAGAUCAACAGUACCGUGCCGUUCCAGAUCGCAUUUGAGGGUUCUAAGGGGACCAGACCGCACUCUGCUACCCUGUCCCUAGAUGAUCUGACGUACAAAGCCGACGUGCCGUGCACUCCAAGGAAGGAAGACAAGGGGCUGCCAGAUCCCUCACGGUUUCUUGGAAACCGUCUCUUCUUCAGGACGGUGGGCAGCACUCAGGGCCGGUGCAAGGAUUCUUGCCGCCCCCUCAUGAAUACAACUACAUUCUUUCACAGGUUUAUUCUCUAA